AUGGACAUCACGUGGCAAUUCAAUCUGAGCCGCGCACCAUGGUGGAGAGGACAAUUUGAAAGGUUCGUUGGCUUAGUCAAGCAGACGUUGUUUAAGUUCAUGGGAAAAUCGUAUUUAUUGACUAAAGAAUUGAAGUCUCUGCUAAUGGAUGUAGAAACGACCUUAAACAAUUGCCCAUUUGGUUAUAUUGAAGAUGAAUUACAGCAAGUAAUACUUACACCGAAUGUGAUGAUGUUCGGUCAACCAGUAAUUGUUCCAGACAUCGAAGAAACAGAAGAAGACGAAAAUCCAGAUUUAAAGAAGAGAUACAACCACCUAAAAGCGUGUAAGGACAGGGUGUGGAGAAGAUGGUCAGAAGAAUAUCUCAAGCAGCUGCAAGAAAGACAUAACAUGAAACACAAGUCGAAAGAACUGACACUUAAAGAUGGUGAUGUGGUCAUUAUUAAAAGCGACGAGAAAAAUCAAAAGUAUUGGAAGUUGGGGUUCGUAACAAAAUUGAUCAAAGGUAGGGAUGGAGCGGUUCGAACGGUGCGUGUGCAUGCUGGAAAGUCAUUCUGGGAACGAGCUGUUCAACAACUGUACCCCUUGGAGUUACAUUGUGACGCGCACCAAGACAAUGGACACGUCUUUUCUGAAGAUACUUGA